AUGGGUUCUGUAUUUGGGAGAAAAUCAAAGUCAUUGGAGGAUGUUGAAUGGAUGUGGCAAUCGAAUCCAAAUCCACCGUUAGGAAGUGAACUGCCCACAUGGAGUCAUUUUUCCCAUGUCGAAAAUUUAAUUAUCGAAAAAGCAUUCUCUAAGAAAAAACAACGAGCUGUCUUGGAUGGUUAUUAUAUCGAUUUCAACGAUAAAAUGCUGGUAUCUGACAGCGAUAAUAAAAAGCGAAGAUCUGUGAAAAGAGUGAUGCGCAAGGGAGAAGACAAACAUUUAGAAGAAGAACGGUUUAUGUAUAUUCCUGUUUCAUCGGAUCACUCAUUUGGUGGUGAAUAUGGCUUCAUAUCACCAUUCGUUAUAGAAGUUAGAAGACAUUUGGGUCUUCAGAUAGAUGAACUUCCUUCCAGAAAACCACACCUAAUACCUAUGCUUGUUGAGAAAGCGGCGCAAGGUAUCAUUCAAGAAGGUAAACAUAUCGGAAAACAACGAGAAGCAAAAGAACUGGCUGAUAUACUUCGAGAAAAAAAGAACAAAGAAAUGGAAGAAGUAUGGCAAUGCUGUGCUUAUCUAUAUUCGUUGGAGAGCUUCUUGUACAAAACAUUAAAUACGACUAUGAGAUUAGUUGGAAGCGAAAAAGAUGAAAAGAUUUGGCGAAGUAAAGUUCAAACAUUAGGUCCAUUUUGUUUGUUGCUAUGGGAUGAUCCAUUCAAUACAAAAAUGAAAACGAAUAUCGAACUUUACCGUGGAACCUACCUAAAACCAGAACAGAUUGUUGCUUAUAAAAAAAUGGCCCAGAAAGAGGAUGAAUAUGGAUCUUUUCAAGGAUUCUCAUCAGCUAGUCGAAGUCGUCAAAAAGCAGAACAAUUUGGAAAUACGCUGUUCAUCAUGAAAGUGAAGUUUGCUUUUAUUGCUGAUCUUAGUGAAUUAUCUGAAUACCCUAAUGAAGAAGAAGAACUUGUUACACCAGGUGUAUGUUUUCGUGUUCUGCGUAUCGAAGAGGAGUCUGAAACAGGCAAACAUUUAAUCUACUUGGAAUUAAGACAACGUUUUUCUGGUGAGUAUGACGGUUUGCUAUAG